AAUCUAUGCUUCAGUAAGGGCAAAGGAAGUAGCUCCUCAUUUAAAUGUGUUAGUCAUUGAGAAGGGGAAGCCUUUAUCUAAGGUGAGGAUUUCUGGCGGGGGUAGGUGCAAUGUAACAAAUGGAAAUUUCCUUGAAAAUAAGCCUUGAAGAUUAUUGUGGAAGAUUUCUGCAAGUGGACGGGCCAAAGGGUUAAUAUCAAUAAGUCUCAGAUUUUUUUUGGGAAGGCGGUUAGGUAUCCUAUGAAGAAGAGAAUUGCUAGACUGUUUGGUUAUAAAGUGGUUAAGGAGAUAACCUAUCUAGGGAUUAAGAUGUCUCUCAAUAGACUAAAGAUUGUUGAUUUCCAAGAUGUUUUGAGCAAUGUCAUGGAUAGACUAAAUGCUUGGGGAAAGAAGUCUCUCUCAUUGGGUGGUAAGAUCACUCUUAUCACUAGUUCUUUGUUAUCUAUGCCAAACUUUCUUAUUACACACUCUUUGGUUCCUAAAAAAGUGUUGUAUGAGGUUGAAAAACUUUGUAGAGGUUUUAUUUGGCACAAAACUGAUGGUAAUCGGAGUAUGCAUUAUGUGGCUUGGGAAGAAUUGUGUAAACCUAGAAGAAUGGGGGGUAUGGGUCUUCAGUCUCCAUUGAUGAGAAUUGGUUCUUUGAGAUCGAAGCUGGCAUGGAAUUUCAUGCAAAAACCUGAUACUCUUUUUCACAGGACUAUCAUAAGUAAAUAUGGGGAGGAAAUUAUGAAAGAUACAUGCAAGAGAGCAACUUCCAAUACCUGGAAAAUUUUAUGCGAAGGAGGUAGACGGCUGCAAAACAUAGUAAGAUGGAGGAUUGGUAAAGGGGAUAAAAUCAGUGUGUUGAAUGAGAUUUGGUUACUAGACAAAUGUAUCAAAUGGUGGCCAACUUUUGUGGAUAGUGCUUCUCUGGAAGGAAUGAAUGUGCAUCAAUUGUUGUUGAGGAAUGGCCAAUGGAAUUAUGGCCUGCUUCAGGAAUUUUUUCAUCAGGAAUUGGUUGUGUUAAUCAGCCAAAUUCAUACUGAUGUCAGUAAUGAAGACCGAGUUUAGCUGCUGUAUAAUUACUCGGGUAAGACUGUUUCAGCUAUAGCCCAUGAAAAUUUUAUGAGAAUCAAGGUUAACAUGGUUAACAUUGAUUAUUAUGAGUGGUUAUAUAAAAUUAAGCUUAACAAGAAGGUUGAAGUUUUUUGGUGGAGACUUGGGAAAGGCGCCAUCCCUACAAACCAAUUCCUGAAGCACCGUAGGAUUGCUGUGAAUGACCACUGUGCUAGAGGCUGCAAUGUUGUUGAAAGUUUUGAACACAUCAUGGUACAGUGCAAGUAUAUGAUUGAUGUCAUUAUCCAGAUGCGUAGAUGGGGUAUUUCAAUCCCUGUUUUUCAAACGCUAGAGGGGUGUUUACAGGGUUUAAAGAGUUUAUCUUCUCGGGAUAAUGGAAUUGUGAAGAUCUACUGUACAAUUGUGUACCUGUCAUGGAAAAAUCGGAAUGAUUUUAAACAUGGAAAUUCUGUUCUGCCUUGCUAUAUGAUAGCUGUGAAUGCUUUGUCUUUGGCUGCUACUAAGUUCUCUCUACAUCUUUCCAACUGGGGUACUAGUCUCCUUAGGGAGUCUCGUGAAUCUUGGUGCCCUCCACCGAAAGAUUGGAUGAAGAUCAAUGUUGAUGCUUCAUUGCUUAGGUCUAACUGCUCUGGAAUCGGUGGCAUUUUCAGAGAUUACAAGGGAAGAUUCAUAAUUGCUUUUGGGGAGAACAAAAUUCAUUGGGACAUUGCUCAGCUUGAGUUGGAAGCUGUUUUCUCGGUAAGGGAGUAUAUUAAGAGUUGGAUGCUUGAAUACAAAGGGGUAAUAAUUGAGAGCGACAACCUCGAUAUUAUUACUUUCAUCCAAGAUUCUUUGAAGAAGAAUAAUUGGCUCUUUGAUAGGUGGCCGGGUUUAGCGGGAAAUUAUCCUAGAGGUAAUAAAGAACUUAAAGGAGCUUAUUUCAGUACUCAUGGGCCACAAGAUACCAUGAGCUGGUUCUCCAGUCAUGGUGUUGAUCUUAAGAUAGAAGAAGAUGGAAGAGUUUUUCCAGUCAGCAACACUUCAGCCUCUAUUGUGGAUUGCCUUCUAGGUGAAGCAAAAGAGAGAGGAGUUCAACUGCAUACAGGCAAAGUUAUUUCAAGUGCAUCUAUCACCUGUAAAGGAAAAUUCAAUCUGAAAAUGGAGAAACGAACCAUUGAUUAUGUGGAGGAUAUUGAGGUUGACUUCUUGUUGAUUGCCACUGGGAACAACCAGCAGGGUUACCAGCUAGCUGUCCAACUUGGACAUUCUAUUGUACAACCAAUGCCCAGCAUUUUUACAUUCAAGAUAGAGGACACCAAACUGCAGUCUUUGUCUGGGAUCACAUUACCAAAAGUUAAAGCCAGACUAAAGCUAGAAAAUAUUUACAAGAAUCAACCUGAAUAUACACAGGUUGGCCCUAUGCUAGUUACCCAUUGGGGCCUUAGUGGUCCUGUGAUUCUUCGGUUGUCUGCGUGGGGAGCACGUGAUCUAUUCCUUACUGAAUACAAAGGAUUUCUUUACAUAGAUUUUAUACCUGAUAUACACGUAGAAGAUUUAAAAGUCAUUCUUUCUCAACAUAGAGAUCAUAUGGCAAAGCAGCAGCUGUCCAAUUCAUUUCCGUCUGAGUUUGGCUUAGCAAAAAGAUUUUGGGGAUAUUUGCUAGACCGUGAGGGCUUAGAUGGUGACCAGCUUUGGGCUUCCAUAGCGAAUAAAAGUUUAAAUUCAAUAGCACUUCUGCUAAAGCAAUGUUCAUUCAAAGUGAUUGGAAAGGGUCAAUUUAAAGAAGAAUUUGUUACUUCGGGCGGUGUUCCGCUCUCAGAGAUCACUCUUAGCAAUAUGCAGAGUAGGAUACGGAGAAACCUAUUUUUUGCAGGAGAGGUUUUAAAUGUUGAUGGAGUUACUGGUGGUUUCAAUUUUCAGAUCCACAUUUAUAUUUUUUCGCUCUCUCUGUUUGAAAUUGGUUUAGCCUAUCAUCCAACAAAACUGAUUAAGAUUUGUCACUCCAACAUCUUGAAGUUCCAUGUUGAUCAAAUUAUGAAGCACAAUAUUAGAAUGCUUGGACUGGUGGCUACAUUGCAGGAACGAGUAUAGGUGAACUGGCAUCAAGUUAUAACCAGCAAGUGGGAGUUGUAUAAGACAUCACAGGCACAGGCAGGUCGAGUUCUGAGGCUGCAAAGAUAACGUUAGCAAAUUAGCUCAAGUAGGCAUCUCUCCUCCUUUAUUCCUAUGUAGUUCUGAGGUCUUAUUACUUUCUCCAAGGCACUUUCAUCAUUAUAAAUUUUGAGAUGUAGUCUUUUUGCAUUAUCAUGUACGGAACUUUAAUCUGUUUGUUGCUGCUGUAUUAUCCUUA